AUGGAAACAGCCCCCGGGCAGUGGCGACGCGAGCCCGCGGGACAGAGCGGCCCGAGCGGAGACACCGCGGGGAGGCGGCGCUGCCGGCACAGCGCCCGGCUCGGAGCCGCCCGGGCCCCGCCGCGGCCUCACUCCGCCUCUCCCCGCCGCAGCGCAGAGAACCCCUGCGGGCCGGGCCGGGGCGGGGCGGGGCAGUGGCCGCGAACAGGAGCGAGCUGCGGGAGGUGCCCCGAGAGCCGGCUCUUUGUGGGGCAGGAAACGACGCGGAGGUUGCUCGCGUUCGGCUGCGCCCACGAAGGCUUCGCUGGAAGCAGCGGAGGAGCUCCGAGCAGGAGGGUGCGGGAAGCGCUCAGGAUGUGGCGUCAGAGGCUGGUGAGGCUUCUCCGGCUGUGUGGCAGCUCCAGCCCUGCCUUGCUGUGGCCACCCAGUGACACCAGGCCCGUCCUCACUGCUGCCACUCGCUGCCACCACACGGUGCCAGAAUCCCUCAAGUGUGCCUGGCAGUUACACCCCGACCACCUCGAACUCAGGUACGCCAACACGCUGAUGCGGUUGGACUUCGUGUGGCUGCGGGACCACUGCCGCUCCGCCUCCUGCUACAAUGCCAAGACCAACCAGCGCAGCCUGGACACAGCCAGCGUGGACCUGGCCAUCAAACCUAAGGCCGUGCGAGUGGAUGAGACCACGCUCUUCCUCACCUGGCCGGACGGGCACGUGACGCGCUAUGGGCUGGAGUGGCUGGUGAAGAACAGCUACGAGGGGCAGAAGCAGCAGGUGAUGCACCCCCGCAUCCUCUGGAAUGCUGAAAUCUACCGCCAGGCCCAGGUGCCCUCCGUGGACUGCCGGAGCUUCCUGGACACAGAUGAGGGGCUGAAGGAAUUCCUGCAGAACUUCCUGCUUUAUGGCAUCGCUUUCGUGGAGAACGUUGCGCCCACCAAAGAGGACACAGAAAUCGUGGCAGAAAGGAUCAGCUUGAUCAGGUGAGAGCCUGGACCAUGAGGCUGUGGAGCUGCCUCGGGAGCGUGUGGUGACUUUUGUGACAGUGGGGCUAUGCCCAGAGAGGAGGAACUGGAGGAAGUGGCCUGUCUGGGAAGAGCAGAGCUUUGCAAAGAGAGGCAUUUCCUGUUGUGACUUGGAAGGUUAGGAGGGCAGCCCUGGCCCUGG